AUGUCGGUGUAUAAUAAGCUCCGUCUGGACCAACAGCUUUGUGACGUGGUGAUCAGAGUGGACGGCGUUGAAUUUCACGCACACAAGAUCGUCCUUUGCAGCUCCAGUCCGUAUUUCAAAGCCCUCUUCACCCACUGGUCAACCCCAGACAGAAAGGUCUUUGACAUUCCCAAUGUGUCACCUGACAUGAUGAAGCUCAUCAUAGAGUUUGCCUACACCGGCUUUGUUCUCGUGACACCGGAGAACUUAGAGGAGCUGUUACAAGCAGCAGACCAGUUCAAUGUGGAGGGCAUCGUACAAACCUGCUGUGACUUCCUGGAGAAGCAGCUGACCCCACAGAACUGCAUCGGCAUCUGGUGGUUCACAGACUGCUGUUACACCCCCCAGCUGAGACGCAAGGCCUUCCUUUUCAUAUUGAUUCACUUUGAGGAGGUUGUUGCCACCUCAGAAGAGUUCCUGCUGCUCUCCGGGCUGGAUCUUGCCAAAAUCCUCGAGGAGGACCAACUUAAUGUGAGGAAUGAGUGGACGGUGUUGUCAGCAAUCCAACACUGGAUCGCCUUUGCAGAUGAGGAACGCCAAGAAUACACAGCUAUGCUUUUUUCUAGAGCCAGGUUGGCUUUAGUGAGUCCAGGAGACAUCUUAAGCAACGUAAAAAACAACAAUCUGUUGAAGACAAGCAUUUGUUUCCGACCCAUUCUCCUCUGGACCCUGGAGGCCACACUUGAUGUUUCUGCAAAGAGGUUCUCUGACUCUAUUCUGGCCCGCCCACGACUGCCUCCUGCCAUCCUGUUAGCUGUUGGUGGCUGGAGCAACGGCAAUCCAAUCAGUGGCAUCGAGGCGUACGAUGUCCGUGCCGACUGCUGGGUCAGUGUGACCAACAAUGAGGAUGGCUCCUCCCGGGCCUACCAUGGCACAGUUUUCCUUGAUGGAUCGGUUUACUCUGUCGGCGGCUGUGACAACAAUGAGUUCUUGAGUUCUGUGCACAGGUUUGACCUAAGCACACGCCUCUGGCAGAUGGUGGCGCCAAUGCAUUCCAGACGCUGCUUUGUCAGCGUAACUGUGAUGGACGGGUGCAUAUAUGCCAUUGGAGGUAAUGACGGACAUCUACAACUCCAAACUGCUGAGCGCUAUCAGCCCAGAACCAACCAGUGGACUUUAAUUGCGCCCAUGCAUGAGCGGAGGGCAAACGCCAGCUGUGCAACCCUUCAUGGAAAGGUGUACAUUUGCGGUGGCUUUAAUGGGUAUGAAUACCUGUCAACAGUUGAAUGUUAUAACCCAGCGACCAACCAGUGGACACUGAUCGGCAACAUGGGCGAAAGGCGCAGUGGAGCUGGGGUCAUCGCCUAUGCAGGCCGUCUCAUGGCAGUCGGCGGUUUCAAUGGAACCACCCAUCUGCACACUGCUGAGGUCUACAACCCAGACACCAACACCUGGCACGCUGGUCCCCCCAUGUUGAACUCUCGCAGUAACUUCGGAAUCGCAGUGAUUGAUGAGCACCUCUUUGUGGUUGGGGGUUUUAACUCCACCUUUGACGUUGAGUGCUAUGAUGUCAACACUGGUAAAUGGUCUGAUGUCAGUGACAUGGAGGUCUCCCGCACCGCCCUGGGCUGCUGCGUGGUUGACGGUAUUCCCAACCUGGCUGAGUAUGCUGCCCCUCGUCAUUCCCUAUAG